CGCUGUGUGGUAAUGUCCGCCAUGUUUGCGAUGGCGCAGGGAGCGGAUCGACCGAGCAAAAAAAGGCUUUAAAUUCAAUAAAACUCAUCUGAAAACGGCUUCCCAUACAGGAUUCCGAGCCAAAGAGGGCUCAUGAGUCCCUCAGUGGUGGAAAGAACCGGGUCCCUAUUGGUUUUCAACCGAGUUUUUGAGUGAAUUUCGGCGGAUGCAUGUUUCCUUCGUAUUUUAUGUUAUUGUGAUCGGAGACAACAAUGAGUAAACUCUCGUUCCGAGCGCGGGCGCUAGACGCCGCCAAACCUCUCCCUAUCUACCGCAGCAAAGACCUCCCGGACCUCACUGACUGCGUCUCUAUCAACCGGGCAGUGCCGCAGAUGCCGACGGGGAUGGAAAAAGAGGAGGAAUCGGAACACCAUUUACAACGAGCCAUUUCAGCACAGCAGGUUUUCAGGGAGAAGAAAGAAAGCAUGGUUAUCCCAGUUCCAGAGGCAGAGAGUAACAUCACUUACUAUGAUCGCCUCUAUAAAGGAGAGUUUAAAGUCCCUAAACAGUACAUUCAUAUUCAGCCAUUCAGUCUCGAUAAUGAGCAACCAGAUUAUGACAUGGACUCUGAAGAUGAGACAUUACUCAACAGGCUAAACAGGAAGAUGGAAAUUAAACCAGUUCAGUUUGAAACAAUGAUAGACAGGCUGGAGAAAGCCAGUGCAAACCAGCUUGUAACUAUUCAAGAAGCAAAACUGCUGCUAAAUGAGGAUGAUUAUCUUCUAAAGUCUGUAUAUGACUAUUGGGUGAGAAAAAGAAAGAACUGCAGAGGGCCCUCUCUCAUUCCCCAAAUUAAACAGGAGAAGAGAGAUGGAUCGACUAACAGUGACCCUUAUGUGGCCUUUCGAAGGAGAACAGAGAAGAUGCAGACAAGAAAAAAUCGGAAAAAUGAUGAAGCUUCUUAUGAGAAGAUGUUAAAAUUAAGACGAGAGUUCAGUAGGACAGUAACCAUUCUAGAAAUGAUAAAAAGACGAGAAAAAUCUAAACGAGAAUUGCUUCAUCUUACAUUGGAGGUUGUGGAGAAAAGGUAUCAGUUGGGUGACUUUGGUGGUGAAAUUCUGAGUGAAGUGAAGAUUCCUCGACCAGAGAAAUCUGUCUACAGCACUCCUAUAUCUCUUCAUAAUGGGAACCAUCACAAAGUUCCAGAAUUUAAAAUUAAGCAUCCCCACCACAUCUCAGUCAAGGAGGACGGUCGUGAUUUUGUCCGACCAAAGAAGAAAUACCUGAAGAAAACUAAACUGGACAUUUCAUACCAGCAGCCUCAUACUGAGCCACUACCUGCCAUUAAUAAGAGUGACUUAAAACAAUAUGACUUCCACAGCUCAGAUGAUGAGGAGUACCUACAGGCUUUAUCCCCUACAUCAGAGCCAGAUGAAGAAAAUGACCCAGAUGGUUCUUUUGCUUUCAGAAGGAAAGCUGUGUGCCAGUACCAUGCACCUCGUUUGGACCAAGCUAACAGUUUCCCCUGGGAGUACCCUGAACUUGCAGGGUUAGAAGAGUUAAAAUACAGGCACUGCCUCACAGCCCUCUCUGUACCCAGGAGAUGUAUAGGGUUUGUGAGGCGGCGGGUUGGGCGGGGAGGCAGGGUUAUUUUGGACCGAGCAUCGUCUAAUCAAGACAACAUUUUAAAGCAGUUGGACCCUGAAGUGUUUAACUCCAUUCCCAGUAGUUCAACCUCAGACUGUUCUACAUGGACCAAUGCUUCCAAAAUACAUUCUGGGAAUGGAAUGUCCCUUAAGGAAGUUUUAAGCAAUAUUAAAAUGUGUCGGUUGCGGUGUUUUCGGCCACAGUCUAUACAAAAUCGGGAGAGUGAAGAUGGUAGUACUACUAGGAAAUUGGGACAGACUAUGAAUAACAGACGGGUAACUGGAGCCUCUGUUGCACUGUUGAACUCUAACAGGAAUGGGAUUUCAGGUGGCAUUACAGAAGAGCAGUUUCAGACACAUCGACAGCAGCUGGUUCAGAUGCAGCAACAGCAGCUGGCACAACUCCAACAGAAACAGCAAUCCUAUCAUUCCACAUGCCCAGCACAUCCAAACUCACAGGUAUCUGGCACUUCAGACUGCAUGUCAAAAACUCUGGAUUCGGCGAGUGCCCAUUUUGCUGCAUCAGCUGUAGUCAGUGCCCCAGGUCCAGGACGCAUGGUGUCCAAGGACAACAGCGUUCACAGCAGCAACAUCAAUGGUGUCGUCCAGUCUUCGGGUACCUCUAAAACUCUUCAUUCCGCCAGCACAGCUUUGACGCCCAGCCCAGCAAUCUCUACAGUACAGCUUGUAAGGACUGUCAACCACACCACCACCAACCACCACCUCAUCCCAGCAAUGUGCACAAGUAGUCCCCAGUCGUUGCCGGGGAACAGUUCCUGCCUAGCAACUGCAGUUCACCUCAACAAUGUUAGUGUUGUUUCCCCUGUGAAUGUGCAUCACAGCACAAGGACUUCAGCACCCUCGCCAUCUGCCUUAAAGCUUGCCACUGUGGCUACCAAUCUGGACAGGGUGCCAAAGGUGACACCCACUAGUGCCAUCAGCAGCAUAGCAAGAAACAAUGAUUAUAGGAAUGAUGUUUCUUUUGCAAAGCUCCAGCAUGUUAAAAACAUCCCUACCUUUUUGGACAAGAAAAAGGGAAAGCCAUGAACCAGAAAGACUUGCUUUAAAUGGGAUUUCAGAGACCACUGUGGCAAUGGAAGUGACAUAACCCAAGCCAGCUGGACUUAUACUUGUGAAAAACAGUUGUGGCAGGCCUAAAUGUCCCAGAAUAAAUGCAAAGUAUAUGUAUCCCCUAGAAUGUCAGGGGUGCUCAAACAUGGACCUAAUAAAUCGCAGCAUAUCAAAAUAUUAGAGAAUUUGUCAUAUAUAUGUACAUUUUGUAAAAUUGGGAAGAUCACUACCUUGUAAAAUAGUAUAUUUGUAUCAUUAGUAUGUUAUUUCUGUUACUUGAAUUCUAGAUAUUUGUCAUCAUGCUUUUGCACUUGAAAUGCAACCGAAUGGAGAGGAAAGAAACGUGUAACAGUUUGUUUUAGGAUCAUGAGCAUGAAAAUGGAUCCUAUGUCACUUGUUUUAACUAUUUAUUUUGCCAUGUUUACAUUUUGUAUCUUGUACAAAUAAAUCAGACUUUGUCUACAAAAAUAGAGAUUUGCAUAGUUAGCAUAUAUAAAGUUCAUGUAUUUUUUUUUUUUUUAAGGAAAUGUAAGUAUUCACUUGGUUAAUUGUUUCACAAAUUGAAUAGAUGGUCUUUUGGUAACAACUUUAGAGGCAUAUUUCAUUAUUAAGACAAAAGUAUUUUCCAUUACUUUGCAGGGGAAAUGGGGAUUGAUCGAUUUUAUUUUUUUUAAGUUGUAGGCGUUACAGUAACAUUUUUUUAAUGUAUAAAUGUCGUUGUAUCCAUUGAACCCUUUUUUAUGAAACAAAAAAUGUAUGCAUCUGACAGUCCAGUUCUACAAAUGUUUAAAAAAAAAAAAAAAAAAAAAAAAAAGACAAAACCAACUUUUUUUAUGAAAUAUUUGCAUUUUAAAACAUACUGGGGGUAAAGUCAAUAAAUCAUCAGGUAUGGAUAA